GAUUAUCUUACAUGAGCGUUCACCAUGCUGAGCUCCGUUUUAUUUUAGCCAAUCUUACUGCCGUUUUGCUAUAUUUUCAGAUGUAAGAAAAUGUCCGAGCUUGCAGCUAGUGUAUCGUGUUCUCCGCAGUGUGCGGAAACAGACAGUAACAUAAAUACAGGUGACAUCAAUCCAGAAACAGUACAAAACACUAUUAGCAAUAACUCUCAGGUUGAAGAAGCAUUGCAAGAUGAUAGUGAUCCUCUUAAAGACCUGCUCACUGAUAAGUUUUGUCAUGUGUGUGAAGCAACUCUGCUUUAUGAGUCUCAGAGGGUUUCUCACUAUGAGGGUAAGAAACAUGCUCAGAGAGUCAAGCUCCACCUGCAGAACAAGAAUGCCGAAAGAAACAAACAAAGCGAGGAAUGCAAAGGAUCAUUGGGAGGUGUCUCUGCAAACCCCGACAAGUUCUGUGAGCUGUGUAACAUGGUGUUCAGCUCCCCCACUGUUGCCAAGUCUCACUAUGAGGGCAAAGUUCAUGCCAAGAAUGUGAGAAAAGCCACCACGAACGCUCCACCACAUGGAACUUCGACACCCGUUCUAGGAUCCUCAGCUCCUCCUGUCCGACCAGCAGAGGUCGCUGUACAGAAACAGACUAGUCAGGAGCCAAACGACACCUCUGGUUUGGGUGAACAGGAGGUCAACGUCGAUGACCCCAACAAGUACUGUGCGUUGUGCAAAGCUACCUUUAACAACCCUGUGGUUGCUCAGCAACAUUAUGGCGGGAGGAAGCAUCAGAGGAAUCAGACCCGACAACAGAUGAUGGAUGAGCUGGGGGAUCAGUCAGAGCAUGCAAGCGCCCUGACCUGCCCGAUAUGCUGCUUGACUUUCAGCUCAAUAGAGAUGUACCAGGCGCACAUGCAGGGAAAUAAACACAUUGUCAAAGAGAAGAAGGUAAAAGAGCUGUGCCAGUCUCAGAAGAAAGUGUACGACUCCUAUCAAGACGAGCUGGCAGACUACAUCCAGGUACAGAAGGCCCGGGGUCUGGAGCCCAAGGCCAGGCCGGGCACUGUGGGACAAACAAGCAAGAGUUUAAAUGAGGAUAUAAAUGAAAGCCCACAGCCUGAAGACAUGAUGCCUCAUCCUGCCCUGCUGCCACAGCGACCUCCAUUAGCCGGUUUCCCUCAGCCACACUGGCCUCCACAAUUUCCAUAUCCGGUCGAUCCUUUUGGCUUCAAGAUGAGAGGCCCUGUUCCGCACUGUCCGCCAGAAUACAUGCCCCACCCCUGUCCUCCCUUCAAACCCGGUAAAUUAUUGAAAAGAAGGCGGAGCCCUGACUCAUAUAGCUCCUCCUCUUCUUCAGACUCCUCCUCGUAUACCAGCAGUUGCAGUAGUAGUAGUGACAGUAGCAGCAGUUAUGAAAGAAGACGAAAAAGGAGACGGCAGAGGAAAAUGAGAAUGCAGGGGAAAAUGAGACACCAGGAGGAGGAGUGUGAUAUGGACAGGAGGGGAAGAGAGGAAGAAAAACCAGGGGAACGGAAGAUGAAGCAGAAGGGAGACAGGAAGGGAAGUGUAGAACGAGUGGAGGGCAGGAAAUGGAAGGCAGGAAGGAAAAAGCAGAGAAGCUCAAGUGAGGACGAACAAAGCAGGAGGAAAAGAAGACAGAGCAAGAAGAGUAGAAGACAUGGAGACCAUGCAAAGAGCCGAAAAGAGGAGGGGCUUAUGGUGAGAGGAGAGGAGGAAGUGACGAAUGAGGAAGCCCAGGGUGAAAUGAAUGAAAAUGUAGAUGAAAGGACAGACAUGAAGGAUGGUAAACAAAAGCAUAAAAAAGACAAGAAAGUUAAGGAGAAGGUGAAUCAGGACAACAGGACAGAAGAGGAAAGACUCUGGGACGAGACUAUUCUUGGUGUUUUUUAAAGGUUGAUGAUUUGACAGUAUUCUUCUAGUAAAACAGCACGGGACCUCAGAAGACGUGUGUACUGAAAUCUACUGAACUCUAACGCUGUAGAUGCUCUCACAAGGGAUCUUUCAUAUAGUAUUCUGUUAAACGCUCAAGACUGCCAAUUUAGGAUAUUUCUAGAGCUGCAAUUACAUUUCAUCCCAAAAUCAAAAGUCAAAUUAAACUAAGUGAAUAUUUUAAGGCAAAUGAGAAGCUUUUUACAGUUCCCUCCACAUUUUACAAUUCCCUCCACAAACACACACAAUUUCCAUUAUCAUAAUGUGGCAAAAAAUCUCAUUACUGUAACGUGUAAAUAGCAAAUCAUUUUUUUACACAAUAGUAGUAUUUAUUGUAGUGCCUUACAAAUACUGUAAUGCAUUGAGCGCUUUUCCACCAUCGCGCCGAACCGUUUUAAGCACAGUCAAACACACAAUGGUUCUAGUUAUGUUUUCGCGUGAGCCUGGUUCGACACGGCAUGAUUACAAACUGUUCUCGGCACGGUUGUCUAGCACGGAGUGGAACGAUUAAGCAAUGAGAACGAUUCGGCGCGAUGGUGGAAAAGCGCUCAUUGAUUUUAGAAUUUCAGAAUGAUGGAAGUUUCAAAAACGCUCAAAAUAAAACAACCAUAUGCAUUACGGUAAUGAGAAUUUGCCGGGUAGAUAAAAUAUAAAGAGGUCAACAAUGUUUCAUUUGUUUUUUUUAACUUGUUUUUGGGGUGCAAUGUGACUGGCACGUUUCACUUCAGUAACUUAUUUUUAUUCUUUGUGUAACAAAAAUGUAAUCGCAUACACACUACAUAACUGUAAAAUCAUUUGCACAAAUUAAUUAGUGAGCCAUCCACUUAUUUCACAGUGGAUGUAUGCUCAAGCUUGCUUUGUGCUCAGAUUAAAUGAAUCACUGUUUAUAAUAACAUAGAUGAAAUAUUUAUUGUUAAACUGUUCGUACAGUCUUUCAGCCUCAGGGUGGUGCUGAUCGGCUGAACUUUUGCUCUACGUGGUUCGUAAACUUCCAGCUAAUGCUGCCUGUGUGUGAGAGAAAUAGUUUGUUUGCAGGUUUUAACAGGUGCAAAAGUUAAAUGAGGACACAUGACUGCUGCUCUGUUGACCUCUUUCUUGCAUAGAGCUGUGUUGUUUUCUUUUGUUUUUUGAAGACUUGCUGUUAUCACAAUCAUGUAUUGAGCGAUUUCGUUGCUAGUCUCCAUUAAACACCCCUCCUUGUAUUUAUGAUUUUGAUGAACACUUUCUGACUUAAAACCUUGCUUCGAGGAACAUAUUGGAUGUAGGAAUCCAGUUUUUUUGUCGGUUCUCAUGUCCUAAAGUAUUUCACAUGUGUUGUUGUUGGAAAAAAAAUCACACAGCUCUGAAUCUUUAAGAAUUUUAAUGCCUGAACGACACUAGUGUUCAUAGUGGCUACUGUAUGUUGAAAAAGCCCCAUAAAAAUUGUAUACGAUAGUAGUCCAUACCGCUUGUGCAAAAUUCCAAUAUGCAAGUAAUUUAGUGACAAUAUCAAGCACAAAAACCAAAUCAGUUCAAUUCUUGAACCGUUUUAUUGAGGGUUUUCCUCCAAAGACCAUGCAAGUAGACUGGUUCAGACUCAAUUGCAACAUUUUCUAAAGUGCUUUUUUGUUCUUUCGUUUGACAUCACUAUAAAUUGUCUUUAGAGUUUCUCAAAAAUAACAGCCUUUUGAUUUUAGAAUAACAUCAGUCGAGUACAAUUUCACUUUGAGGAGACUCAUUCCUUGACUUAUGUACUUGUCGAACUCAAGGCCAUGAGCAUUUAUUUCACUUGCUUUCCUCCUCGCAGUGUUUUAUGCUGCACAUCUAUGUGAACUUUUUCUGAGCCUUUGUUACCACACAGUUGAAAGCCCUCCAUAGAGACGAGAUCAUCAAGUGACUGAAGCCCCCUGAGAUCUCCUGUUUUCAAAGAAUCGUGCGGUUCGACUCCAUGUGUCUCUGUCGUAUAGCCUCGACCUCCGAGGCAUGUGCGAGUCCCACAUCCUCUCCUCUUCACGACCCCUCUGCAUGUGCCCCAUCCAGUCCUCCUGAGACGAGAGCCAUUGUUUGAGGUGUUAAACGCGUAACUCCCACACAAACCCUCCUAAGAGCCCCACACACUUCAAAAACUUCAUUAUUUACUGAGGACUAUUAGGAAAAUUGAACUGUACAGCCUUUAUGAGUUUUAAAAUCGUUUGCUUUUAAAUAAACACAUUGAGGGGCAACUUGAGGCUGUAUUUGGUUGACUAAACAAGGCUACACAUUGACCAAAAAUUGUUGCUUGGAUGUAAUUUAGUAAACAUUGACCAAACUUUACUUAGAUGUAAGUUUGUGGGAACAUAUGUAGUGUUUUGCUCCACAUAAUGUGAAAUUGACUCUCAAUAACUUGAGUAUAAUGCUGUCAUGGAAGAAAUAUGAAAAAUAUAGUUGUAUUGGUU